UUCUUCUUUCUUCUUUCAAAUAGAUGUAAAGCAACUUGGUUCUGCCCCACUAGCUUCUAUAGGUGUGCCUAUCUGCAGCGUGCCUAUCAGAAUGUCGCUAUCGCUGUCAUCGACGACAGUCCUUGGGAAACGCAAGGCCACUAGAUAUAUUUUGCAUAUUUCUAUGAGUCCACAACCCGAGCCAUCGACUUCAACCGCAAAUCUUGCCGUCUACGAUACCCCAGAGCCUUCCUCACAGAAAAGGCGCCAUCCUUGCACGUAUUCUGGAUGCACAAAAUCCUACUCCAAAGCUUGUAGGCUAGAAGAGCACAUACGAUCUCAUACGGGAGAGCGUCCCUACGUCUGCACCACUUGUCAAAAGUCUUAUCUGCGCGAAUCCCAUCUUCAAGCACACGCAAAAAGCCAUCUUCCCGAGUCAGAACGCCCUCAUGUAUGUACGGAAUCAGCAAUCUGCCAGAAACGAUUCUGGACCCUCCAGCACCUCCAGGUACAUGAAAAUACGCACAGCGGGGCUAAAUCAUAUGCUUGCUUGGUAGAGGGCUGCGAUGAGGUGUUCGCCAAGCACCAUCAGCUCCGCUCUCAUACUUGCCAGGUACACGCACCCCCAGGCACGAAACCUUAUAUGUGCACACACCCAGGGUGCACCAAAUCGUUCGAUACGAAUCAAAAGCUUAGAGGUCACAUCAAGACUCAUGACGAUAAACGUUACACGUGUGCACACCCAAACUGCUUACCUUCAUCCAACACUGACCCUACAUAUUACCCAACAUGGACGUCCCUCCAGACUCACAUUCGCGAGGCACAUCCUCCGACAUGCAUGCACCCUUCAUGCAACGGACGACCCUUUGCUUCCCAACAUAAUUUACGCGCCCAUCAGAAAUUACAUGAGCAACAAGAGUUAGAGGCUGUUCUCGCAGACGUAGAACCAUCAGGUGCGACUGAAUUUCCUCGCAAACGCAGACGCGGCGGAGAAGUGGGCAGAGACUGGAAAUGCGACAAAUGCGGGAAGGAAUUCAAAUCUAUAAAAGCCCUCACGACGCAUAACAACGUGAUUCAUCUGGGCCACAGAAAUCACGUCUGCCCGCAUCAACACUGUUCCAGUGCCUUUGGCUAUAAACAUCUCCUCGAAAGGCACCUGGCCAAGAUCCAUAGCACGAGGAGUGAUCAAUCUCUUACAGAUCCGUCCGAAUCAGACGACGCCACAACCACGGAUACGGACACUGACUGUCCCGACAAUGAUCCGGCAGACUCGGCGGUACACCUAAGCAUUGACCGCAUCACUGGACAUGCUUACUCCCUCCGCAGUCGCAUGCCAACAUCAAAAACUAUACGGUGUCCAUACCCCAACGUCGAGGGUUUAUUGCUAUCACCUCCGGAUACUCCGCUUUCCAGCUCUUCAGCGCAUUGCGAGCACAUUUUAACUCGCGCAUAUGAUCUUCGCCGGCAUUUGAAGGCCGAGCAUGGACUCGUUGGGGACAAGAGUAAGGUAGACUCUUGGGUAAGAUCGCAUAGAGGGGUCAACUAGAGAGCGCUCUGAGACCUUGAUAUAUUUC